GGCCGGGGUUCACGUCUGUGGGGUGAUUGUCGCGUCGCUCUUCAACACAUGUGUCAAAAUUCGUUAUGUUGAUGUCGUGAAUCGUCAAAAUGGACUUUCAAAGUGCAAUGGAGACUUUCGCUGAAGCAUGGGCAGCGGCGAACACUGCGAAAUCAGAAGUUCCGAGUGAUCUAUCGCAGAAGAAGGAGGCAAACGAAUAUGCGGUGCGGCUUAUGAGUCUUUCAACGGAGUUACGAAGAAGCAAGACUCCUCCUCGGAGGUCUCCAGAGGAACGUGCAGUUCCACGGCCUCCGUCAGCACCCAUUCAUCACGACCGUCCUCCCCACACGCCCCACCUCUCUCCGAAAAAGGAGGCCUUCAACAACCUCCUUAACAAAGGAAUAUCAGGCAAAACUCUGCCAGUUCAUUGCGUGGUGGAAGCAGUAUCGUCUCUGGAAGAGGGUACUUGGAGACGGCGAGCGGUGAUUGAGACUGACAGUUACGUCAUUAUCCCAGCGGCCACGGCCUUCCACGAGCUGGUGGCGGCAGCCAUGCUACGGCUGGGAUAUCCGCAUGAGUUGGCUGCUUCAGCUAAAGGAUCUGUGGUGAUUAACAAUUGGAAGCCUCUCCCGUUUGAACGCAUCUCUGACGGACCCCUGGCCACUGUCGGCGAUGUUCUGGGAGAACUCACAACGGUGGCAACGCUACGUAUUCAGCUCCUAAGACCGAGGCCUACUCCUCUUCAGGACAUUAAGGAUAAGCUGCUCAGGCUCCUACUGGUACAGAGCAGACCGUUGCUGAUGUCAACUGGAUGCCCCUUAGAUGAGGUGACAUUGGCUCAAAUUUGUAGGGGACAAGAUAGAUCUCCAGGCCCUCACCAUUUUCACGAGCCAACUGAAGAGACUCGACGAAAAUUUGAGUCCUGGUGGAGCGCUCAGGUGUCUCCACGUCCUCCCCCAUUCAGCCCCCGGCGCUACCCUUCUCCGGGGCCUAAAAAUAGAUCUCCAACUUUAAACACUAUCCCAGACCACCUCCACCCAGCUCUUCAAACUGUUCAGAAUCAAUAUCCUACUCAGAAAACUCGAAUGAGGACAAGUUUUGAUCCCGAACUUGAACUCCCAAAGCUCCAGCGCUGGUUUUCUGAGAACCAACAUCCAAGUAGACAGCAAAUACAGCAGUAUGUACGGGAGCUAAACAAUUUGGAAUCAAGGAGAGGACGAAAACCGUUGGAUGUGAAUAAUGUUGUAUAUUGGUUCAAAAACGCUAGAGCGGCACAAAAGCGUGCUGAGUUACGUAAUAUUGGAGGCUUGGGAGGUCAUCUUGGAAUGAAUGGCUUCAACAGCAGAAGUCAUAGUCCUUCAAAUGGAUCACUACUAACAGGCAAUGAUAACUAUUCCUCACACGAUCACGGCAUGCUGAAAAGUCCAAUGCAAUUAUCAGGCAGUCCCGGACGUUAUCCAAUGUCAGUGAUGUCUGAAGAUAAUUUGUCCAAUGCUGGUUCAGAUUUAGAUGACGAUGGCGAUUUAAAUAAUGAUGACAGACCUGAGAGUCCAGAUGCACCGCUCUCUUUGAUCACAACGAAGAAGAAUAACAAUGAAAAUGAGAAAGAAGAAUCGAAUAAGGAGUCUCCGAAACCUCCCGAUAUUAUUAAGGUUCACGAUAUUAAGCAAGAACCGAGAGAUUUGACAAAAACAGAACAGAUGCCGUCACCGCAGCGCUCUCCAGCAAAAAACAGCGACAGCUCUCACAACAACAACAAUAACAACAACGAGGACGAGAAUGGUGCUCCCGAAGAUCACGACAUGGCUUCGGACGACGAGGUCACUCAAGAACGUCACUACCGCCCUGCGUCGCCGCACCUCGACCGCUUACCAUUCCCUAUGGUCCCAAAUCAUCCCAUGUUCGGACACGGCAUCAUGUAUAUGAGCCAGUAUAUGAGCGGCUUUCCUGGAGUCGGGCCCGUCCAUGGUGAAGGCGCAAGCGGUCUGAAUCUAGCAUUAGCAGGAGCUUCCGACGAACGCCGCAAAAGAAACCGCACAUUCAUAGACCCUGUCUCCGAGGUGCCCGUGCUAGAACAAUGGUUUUCAAUGAACACUCACCCGUCCCAUAACUUAAUCUUGAAGUAUACUGAGGAGCUGAACCGAAUGCCUUACAGGCAGAAGUUUCCUCGGCUCGAAUCAAAAAACGUGCAGUUCUGGUUCAAAAAUAGACGAGCCAAGUGUAAAAGAUUGAAGAUGUCGCUGUAUGAGCCAACUUCUCCGGUACAUUAUGGUCACCCAGGACACCCUCACGCGAUUUCUGAAAGAAAAAUGGUGUAAAUCUAAAUUUAUAUUGUGUGUAAUAUUUUAGUUGCAAUAAAAUUCGCUUGUGAAGUCAUUUUGUAAGUAAGACUGAAUUAAUCUUUUAGGGUGGUCGUGCCAUCUUAGUAUUAAUUUAUGCAUUGGCAUUGUGCUAUGGAAUGAUAUUUAUCAUCAUUACUAUUACGUAAAACUUUUUCAUGUAAACAUAAUAAAACAGCAUAGAAACAUGCGUAGAUAUAAUAUAUUGAUACAUUAUAUUGUAUGCAAAUAUGGUGAGAAUGUACAUCCCAAAAACAAUUGAAUCUCAAGAUAUUAGUAAAUUGUUUUGUAUAUAAGUAUGACUAAUUAUUAUUUAUUACAAAAUUAAUAGGUUUAGAUGUUACGAAGGAAGAAAAUAUCCAUGCUUCGUGUUAGUAGUUGUACUUACUUAGGAAACGUUAAUAUGUAUAAAGUAAUGUGUCAAACAAUAUAAAAUAUAUCGCACAUUGAUAGAUCGUACACUGUUAUAUUUACAUAGGCUAGGUUUAUUGUUACAUUGUACAAAUAAAUAGAAGACGCACAUUCCUUUCAUCUGUGUUAUUGAAUACUCAAUCCAAAGAUUGAUUAGUUUAAAUAUUAUGAUGCCAAAUUACGGACAAACUUGUCUUACUAAAGACCGAAAUUAAUACAAGUUAUCUGUCACUCACCAUAAAAUAAUAGCACUCAUAUUCCAAUAGUAAUUCUUACUGAGCUUCGGAUUCAAAAUGUAUAUCAAUAAAGCUUACAUAAAUUUUGUUCAUAGUUUUUUUCUUAUAUGCUAUAAAUAGGAUAUAUAACGAUACAAAUAUCUUUAAAUAUUAAUUUGUAUUUUAGUGAGACAAGUUCCAAACGUUUAAAGUAUUUACGCAUUUAAAAUAAAGAGGCUGGUUUUUCACAGUUUCUUCGUUUUGUAGUUCUAGACCGGAUCACUCCACAUAACAUUAUAAAUGUACAAGGGAGUUCGUUCUUCAGUACACUUGAUAAAGUUACAAUAAAAUAGAGUAUAAGAAAUGGACACAGCCAAACCAAAACGCCCGUCCUACAUAGUCGUAUGAACCUAAGCAAUAAUUUGAACACGUUCCGAUACACUGCUAAAGGUAUUCACCUAAAAAUUGUUUUGUUAUUCCAAUGUUAUGCUUGUUUUGUGAAGCUGUGAUGAAUCCAAAUAAUUGUAAAUACUUUAUUAAUGUUAUAUAAGUUUAGUAAAGCGUUAGGCUCACAAAGUUAAAGCAUUUACGGCUUGUAUCAUAGAUUCGUAUUGGCUAAUCUUUUAUUUCAUUCAAAUAUAAUAUAAUGCAAAAAUUUAUUGAAUAUAUUAUGUAUGAUACUGACA